AUGACAACAGUAAAACUAAACGAAAGUUGGUCUCAAGUUUUACUAGAUAAAGUUGUGUUUAUAACAGGUGCUGGUGGAGGUAUUGGCUCUGCUAUUUCUCAUACAUGUGCAUUGCAUGGUGCUCGAGUAGUAGUAUCUGAUAUUAAUAAGGCAGCUGCAGAUAAAGUAGUGACUGACAUUCUUGGCAAUCAAAAUGAAGCAUCGGAUCGAAUAAUGAGUUUAGAACUUGAUACAGUUGAUGAACAAGCCAUUGAACAAGCAGUAAAAAAAGUCGUGGAUAAAUGGGGUACAAUUCAUGUACUCGUCAAUGCUGCAGCUGAUUUUACUUUGGGCUUAAUUGAAAAUGUUUCAGCUGAUGCUUGGUCGCAUAUUUUCAAUGUAAAUGUUCGUGGUUAUGCGUUAAUGAUUAAACAUAUUGUACCUUUGCUCAAACAGCAACGUUCAGGUUCCAUUAUUCAAUUUGGUAGUAUAAGUGGUUUAAUUGCUCAAGCUGGUUUUGUACCAUAUAAUACUACGAAAGCAGCUGUAAUACAAAUGACACGAAAUAUAGCACUCGAUUUGGGUCCAUAUAAUAUUCGAUGCAAUUCUAUCUCUCCUGGUUGUAUCGGAACACCACAAGAAAUAGCAAAUAUGGUUGUUUUUCUUGCUUCGGAUUUAUGUCCAUUUAUUACAGGCGCUAACUUAACAGCAGAUGGAGGUUAUACUACUAUUUAA